UUGGGUGCACGGAGGAGAGCUGAGUGGUGUGUGGGGCGGAAUGAGAGGAUGGAGGUGGAUACAGUGGGACCUCGUGUGUGACAGAACGUGGAUCAAGGAAUGGGUCGUGACGUCAUACCUGAUCGGCCUCGUGAUUGGCGGACUCUUCUUUGGCUUCUUGGCGGACAGGUUCGGUCGAAGGAACCUGCUGGUGGUGAGCGUGGCCUCCGUCAGCGUCACCGGACUCGCCCUUCACUUCGUCAGGCGACUGAUUGUCUUCCUGGGCCUCCGCUUCCUGCAGGCCGUCUUCGUGCAGGGAAUUUACGUGACCAGCUGGACGCUGCUGGGGGAGUUGUUCCCUCCGAGGUGGCGGUGCCGCGCGCUGGUGGCCGGCGGCAUGACGCGGCCCCUCGGCGUGGCGCUGGGGGCCGCGGCGGCGCUCACGGUGCAGCACUGGCGCGGCCUGCAGCUGACCACCGCCCUGCCGCUGCUCAUGUCCAUCCUCUACUACUGGAUGGUGCCGGAGUCCCUGAGGUGGCUGCUGACGAGAGGCAAGACGCGGCGGGCGAGACAGGUGGCGGCCCAGCUGGCGCGUCACAACCUGCUCAGCCUCCCCCCCACCGCCCACGCUCAGAUGGACCACCUCGCGGCUCACGUCUACAUUGACCUGCCCUGGGAGAGCCUCGCCACCCUCUUCCGCACCCCGAGGCUACGCAGACACGUUCUAGUAACUGUGUUCAUGUGGCUGGCCGUGUCCCUGGCAGGCGGCACAUUCCGAAGAGAGCUGCUGGAGACGAUGGCGGAGAAGGACGAGGAGGGGAGAGGCCUGAGGAAGCGGCUAAGCGUUCUCGGGGGCCCUGGUCACCUGGGGGCGGCGCUGUGGGCGGGGGUGGAGGCGGGGGCGGUGGUGCUGUCGGCCGUGCUCACCAACCUGCUGUACCGCCGCGCCUUCCUCGUGGUGACGCUGCUUCUCGCCGCCGCCCUCGCCCUUGCCGUCACGUGCGUCAGGCGGCUCGUGGACGAGGCGUGGAUGGACGUGACUGCCCUGGCCACGGCGCUGCGAUUUGUGGGCGUGCUGGUGGUGGGCUGCGUGAGGGUGGGCGUGGGCGUGCUGGUAGUGGAGGUGACACCCACUACCGCCCGUGCCUCAGCAGUGGGUCUAUGUGCCGCCCACGCCGCCCUUGGGGAGAUCCUCGUCUCCCUGAUGACUUCUGUGGCUAAGAUGACGUACCCCUCCGUGCCCUGGCUCGUCUCUGCAGGGAGUUGCCUCCUCGCGGCUGCUUUGACACUGCUUCUGCCCGAGACUUCAGGCACAACCCUGCCAGACGUGGUGGACGAGGCCGAGGUGGUGGGGCUGGCGCACGGCGGUGAUGUCUUCAAGUCGUGCUACACGAGGUACGGCCGCAGCCCAUACUGGACAGAGCUGGACAGUGAGGGCGCUGAGGGGACUCUACAAGCACCGGGUGAGGGUGGCGGCCAGCACAGGAGAUUUGACGAUAAAUCUGAACAAUCGCUUGACUUUGAUGCCGACGUGAACAACAGUAGAGUGCCAAGGAAGAGCCACGCUCCGCCACACUCCCUCGACUCUCACUCGUCCUCGGACUCUCUCGCCUCCCUCAUGUCGCUUGUAGACGUGCGUCGCGUCAACGGCAACAACUCAGACACCAGCGAUUCCAGCGACCACGACAGCCUUGGCGCCGCCCCAAGAAGGCGUUUGAGCAUAGUAGAGAAAGAUGCAAAGAUGAAAAACAUCACAGCAGACUAUUCAGAUUUUCAGGAAGCUUUGCCUGAAGGCCGUAAGGGGGCAGUUACAAAUUCAACACUAUCAAGAAAGAGAGAUGACGCCACGGACUUCAAUUUUUUAUCUGACGGUGAUCCUCUCUCGGGGCAGAGUGACAACAGAGAGGUCAGCCUCGAGGUGUUAUGUGACGACGCAGUGGAGAACGACUUUAGCCUGUCUGUGUUCUCCUUGAAAUUCAGACACAUCAAAAGACCAGUCAGCCCCACAGACAGAAGGACGCGGCCAGACCUCCACUACUCCUCCUCCUCCUCCUCCAGCGGGGACACCCCCAAGCCGGGCAAAACACUGGUCCAGGACUAUAUUUCCCAUCACGGCUCAAGUGGCGACGGGACGGACUCUCGAAGUAACUCACUGAGCGAAAAAGACGUGACAGAAGGAACUCUUUUUCGGGCUGUGCCUAUCAUGGUUACACUUGGUGAUAGUCCUGAGGUUUUCCAGCAUACAGAACAGCUCAAGAAAAGACGAAAAUCAUCUAACAAUGAUGCAGGGGAUAAUCAGGUGUGCCGCCAACCAAUGCAUAUACGUAAUAAACACGAAGCCAACGCUAGUCACACUAAAAUUAAGGCUAGAGAUCAGUCACGUGAUAGCCUCAGCGUUUCUCCGUCACCUGAACCCAAACCCAAAAGGCGCCGCCCCUCGCCUGCCACACAAGUUCCGGCGUGUGGCAGCUUGAGCGACAAGCCACAUUCUGCUGAGAUGGAAACUUGCAACAGCUCUCCUCCGGCUCGCUAUUACCUCACUACCCUUCUAGACGCCUCUUCAGGCAGCAGGACCGACCCCUGCUCGACCGAUAUAGUUCACCCCACGCAGGGAGAUCGGAGAAGUGAAGGAGGUGAACCAGAUUUCAAGGCUACGGCCGGUAAAUGUAAAGCAGGUUCAUCUAAAAGACAUGAAAAACCUGCCGUUUUGCGAGGCGUCGGGCGAACGUUGAGCACUAGGACGGACGGUAAAAGUAAAACAGGUGAGGUGGAUGCAACUGUGAGCGACAGUGAUAAUAAAAACUAAUAGAAGUACACUGUCACAUCCACCGCCAUCUCCACCACCACCACCAUAACGCGGCACAAAGGAUGAAAAAUCAACAAAAAUAAAGUUUCAUGGUGAGGCAUGUUCUUGGGGUGAGGCAAAAAAGAGAAUGGCAACUUAUUAAUCGCAGAAGUCAGAGUAGACAGAUAACCGGAUGGAGAGAUGAUGUUAGAUAAUAUUCCGGAGCAAGAUGGAUGAUGAUGAUAAUGAUGAUGAUGGUGAUGAAGGUGGUGGUGGUGGUGACAAUGACGGUGAUGAUGGUGAGGUACAGAGAGUCCAUGAUGUGUCCUGCAGAUGACCGGAUCGAGACCGCAUGGGAAAUGACCGACCUGCAGCCUGUCACCUGUAUACGAGUACUGGACAAACAUGAUUGACUAUUCUCAAAACAAACAGUAGGAAAGAGAAAUCAUGGAAAGUAAUGCCACGUAAUGUCUGCAUGCACGUAUUAAUGAUAAAGGUUGUCUAUUGAAGGUGGAAGGAAAAUAACCAAAUACUUCAAGUUCUUACAAACAAGAGAGAAAAAGGGUUAGAGUAAUAAUUAUAAACAAUGCCUGCAAAAUACACGUUAAUGAGAUAAUUUGUUUACUGAAGUUAGGAAAAGGAAACCAAUAUCUCACUUUCAGUCUAUAUUCACAGUAAGAUAAUACGUUGU